AUGUCAGAAGAAAAAGAGUAUAAAUCCGUCACGGUGGACAAGCCAAUACCCACCACGUUUGAUUUGGGAAAUUUAGCAACUUUUGAUCCUAAUCCGUUAGACAAUAGUAAGUUAAAGAAUGAAAAUGAAAGAGAAGCAUACUUGACAGCCACCACAAGAGAUAAUGUACAAUUAUUAAUUAAUCAGAUUUUAUCAUUACCAGUCAAGACCACUACCGACAGUCAAGUAUCAUCUACUGGACAAAAUGCUACUAUGACAUUAAUACAGUUACCUGAACCAAUUACACAAUUACCAAGAGAAAAACCUAUUCCAAAGGCUAAACCUCCUACUAAAUGGGAACAAUUUGCUGCUAGAAAGGGUAUUAAGGCCAAGACUAAAGAUGGUAAGAUGGUAUAUGAUGAAGCUACUGGACAAUGGGUUCCUAAAUGGGGUUAUAAAGGUAAGAAUAAAGAACUCGAUAAUCAAUGGUUAGUUGAAGUUGAAGAUAAAGUAAAGAAUACAGAAGAUGAGUUGAUUGAUCCUAGAUCUUUAUCUCGUGCUGAUAGAAAGAAGUUGAUUAAGAAGAAUGAGUUACAACAUAAGAGAAAUGUAAAGAAUGCCUCCAGUUAG